AUGGCGAAUGCAGUUACAAUUCAAGACAUCAACAUGGCAUAUGAAACUAUUUCCCAUUAUGUUCAUACUACCCCUGUCUUUACCAAUUUAACUCUAGACCAUCUUGUUGGAAGAAAAGUGUUUUUCAAAGCUGAGAAUUUUCAGAAAACAGGAUCAUUCAAAGCGAGAGGAGCAUUAAAUGCGGUUCUGGCACUAAAAUCCAAGAACCCGUAUGUUAAAGGCGUUGUCACUCACAGCAGUGGAAACCAUGGAGAAGCUUUGGCCUGGGCCUCCAAAAUCGCCCAAGUGGAAUGUAUAGUAGUUGUUACAAAAGAUACACCAAAAACAAAGUGUCAAGCCAUUAAAGGCUAUGGAGCUGAACUUGUAUUUUGUCAAUCUCCUUCGGACAGGAAAAAAACAUGUGACCAUAUUUCCAACGAAAAGAAUUUUCCAUACGUUCCUACAGCUGACCACUAUGAUAUCAUUGCAGGACAGGGUACAAUAGCUGUAGAGUUUUUGAAGCAAGUGCCAGAAUUAGACGCCAUUUUGGUUCCUGUUAGUGGUGGAGGAAUGGCCUCAGGGAUUGCAAUAGCAGCUAAAGCGAUUAAACCAAAUAUCAAAGUGUUUUUGAUUGAACCGGAAGGGAAAAUGUGCGAACUGUGCCUCCAAACAGGAACACGCCUCUGGUCCGAUCCCCCUAAAUUUCUGCACACAAUAGCAGACGGAUUAAGGCUACAACCAAUAGGGAAAUUGACAUGGCCUAUCAUUCUAGAUUUUGUAGAAAAAGAAGUAUUUUCAGUGACUGACGAAGACAUAAUAAAGGCAAUGAAAUUUGUAUUUGAAAGAUUGAAGUUGGUGAUCGAGCCAACUUCAGCUAUAGGUGUAGCGGCAGUGAUGUCAGAAAGGUUAGCGGCCAUGGAUACCAAAAUGAAGAAUAUAGGCGUUAUAUUGAGUGGUGGAAAUGUAGAUACAGACCAUCUACCGUGGUGCUAA